CGCAACUGGGGAAUCUCAGCUCAACCCGCUCCCGCGCGCACAAGAGAUCCGCCAUGGCUGCUGCUUCAUCCGGGAAUUCCAUUUCUACGUCUUCCUCUGCUUUCUCUCACAAACCGUUGGAAUUCUCCCCCGAUUCCCCCCAGAAAAUCUCUCUCACCCCUGAUCAGGUCAAGCACUGCUCCGAAGCGCUGACCAUCCUCACGAAGAAGCUUCAGACGCCGUACAGUAUCGGUCAAGAGUUUGCUCACUUGCAGGCCAAUAGGAUAACACCGAGUGAGAUGAGGAGAAGAUGCACUGUUGCUCUAAAUGACGUAAAUGUGAGCAAAAAUCGGUAUACAGAUGUCCUACCAUUUGACAAUAACAGAAUUGUUCUUGAAUCAAGUUCAGAUUAUAGACCUGCAGCCAAGGGAUACAUCAAUGCAAGCUUUGUCUCGACCUCUUCCUCUGGAAGUGUUUCUCAGUUUAUAGCUACACAAGGUCCCCUACCACAUACUUAUGAGGAUUUCUGGGAAAUGGUGAUACAAUACCGUUGCCCUGCUGUUGUGAUGCUCACUAGACUUGUCGACAAUUAUAAGAUGGUAAAAUGUGGAGAUUAUUUUCAAGCUGAAGAUGGACCUAGAGAGUUAGGCAAUAUCUCUAUUAUGGGCAAAUGGAUGAAAACUACUGAAACAUCACUGGAACUGCGCCAUUUGGAGGUGCAGCAUAGAGAGGAAGAAGAGCCGCCCUUGCCUGUUUUGCAUAUUCAGUAUCCUGAAUGGCCUGAUCAUGGAGUUCCCAAAGAUACUUAUGCUGUGCGUGAAAUUUUGAAAAGAUUGUACCAUAUACCACCAAACCUUGGCCCAAUAGUGGUGCACUGCAGUGCAGGUAUUGGCAGGACUGGAACAUACUGUGCAAUUCACAACACAAUUCAGAGAAUCCUUGCUGGUGAUAUGUCUGCCUUGGAUCUUGGUAAUACCAUAGCUGUCUUCAGGUCACAGCGUAUUGGAAUGGUUCAGACACAGGAUCAGUACUUUUUCUGCUAUAAAGCUAUCUUAGAGGAACUGGAAGACCUUGUUUCUCAUCAGCAAUGAGGACGGUGCAGUUGUAGGCAUGGCAACCUACCAUGGGCAUCCUUCUGAAACCCAUGAGGGAAUAGAAUGGCUCUUAAAGACGAUAAUUUGGACCCUGUUUUCUUAUUUCUGUCUCCUCCCCUUUUUCCUCUUUCUCCUUUCCCCAUGUUGGAAGGUGAACUUCUUAGGCCUUUUAGUGCAUGAAGCUAAUAAAAAGCAUCUUAUCUUAUUCACUUACCCUGGAGUUCCGGACGCAGAAUAUCUGAUGUUGAUGAGAAGAUGAUCAAUUAUAGCCAUCUGUCUUCCCUUCUUUUAUUACGUAUACUGUCGCAUGUUAUUCUUGUGGGGGAUAUUUGGGAGUUGUGGAAGAUAAUGUGAUGAAUUCAAAGAAAAUGGAAGGGACAGACUUUCUCCUUCUACAAAUCAAAGUUGCUUUUGAUGGUCUAAACA